AUGUCUUCCUAAUUGUGUGAAACCUUAAAUGAACUUGGAGAAACUAAUUCUCAUUACUUAAAGAGUUGUCUAAAAGCCUACAAACCUCACUUCGUCGUUGAAUAUUUUGAAGAAUUCCAGAAAUCUUAUUUUUUAAAUUGCAACUAUGAUGACGAUUGCAUUUAAGAAUACAGAAGAAAUAGUAAAAUGAGAUACAUAAAAGUGUUUGACUAAAAAUAAAAUGUAAAAAAGCUAUUAGUCAUCUUUCAUUAAAAGUGUAUAUUUCAGCAUGACCUGAUAAUUUUAAAUGAAAUUUUUAAUAGUACCUUAAAAGGUGAUCUGAUAUUGAAUCUUUACGAUUCUUACUUCUUGGAUCCAGAAGGUUCUUUCUAUGUCUUUGAAACUGAAUACUAUGAUCUCAAUUCUGAAGUAUUAUCUUAAGAUUGCAAUGUUCCAACAGUUUAAAUUGAAAAGAUUAUGAAAAAGUAAUUAAAUCACAUUUUUUAGUUGCUGGGUUGCAAUAAUCAAGACUAUCAAGCUUCUGUUCCUAUUUAUGUUAAUUUAAUUAGUGAAAACCAAAUUUAAGUCAAACUUAACAUCUUUGAUUUUUUUGAGUAAAUUUAAACCUUAAUAAUAGAAAAGCCAUAUUACUAUAUCUAAAACACCUAAAAAAAUUAAGAGGUUAAACAAAUGUUUGAAACAAUUAAAAUAGAUGAAAAUUUGAUUUCGAUAAUCAAUAAAUAACUUUCUAAUUAUGAAUAAAAUGCUUUCUUACCAUACUCAAAUUAAAAUUUUUUUGAAAAGAUAUAAUAAAUUAGCUCUAAAGAUAAAUUAACACAUUCUUUAAGGAUAUUCGAAGUUAUUUCAUAACACUAAUAAUACAAAAAUUUUGAGAUACUUUCAUUAAAUAAGAAUCCCUUUGAAUUGAAACUAACAAAAAGAAACAAAAGUAUUUUAUUAAUAGGAAUUAAAUUCAAAACUGCUUUAGAGGCACAAGCAACGGAAAAAGAGUAUUUAAAGCUUAAUUUGCUUCAAGGAAAGUUCAAGUCGAAUUUGAUAGACACAUAAGUUUUUGAAUUAGAAUGCUGUAAUUAUUUAUUGCUUGAAUUUGAAUACAAAAAUUAUGAUACUUAGUAAUUUUAAUCAAUGACAUAACUAAUACUGAAAAAUUAAGCUAACGGAGAUGACGAAAAAGGUACGAAGGAUAGAAAGGCAUUUGAUUUUCUUCAAAAAUUGAUAGAAAUUAGUUAUGAACUCUAUACAAAAUAUAAUAUUAAAAUAACAAAUGUAGACCCUGAUAAAAUUCUGGUUUAAUAGUAAAAUGUUUAAUAAAAUAUUGACGUCUUUAUUAUUAAUACAUAGAGUUUGUAAAACUAUACAAGUGAGUAUAUUAAAUUAAUAUCUAAAAGUUUUGAGAUUUUAAACUUUAAUUACUCAGCUAGUAUAACAUUUACAAGUGGCGGUUAUACCCCUGAUAUUCAUCAUUAUUAUAAAAUAGUUUCAUUUUUUGAAAUGAUAUCUAAUUCUACAAUAGAAAAUGCAAAAAAAAUAUAAAUUUCAUAUAAUAAUAUUAGAAAGAUGCUUGAAAUACUUGCAAUAGUAAUAGAAGAAAAUUAAAAUGGUUAUGAUUUUUAACUGAGAGUAUGUCAAAACAAUCCUUAUAAGCUAUCUAUUGAUUUUUCUUAUUCUUCUUCUUAUUAUCAUACUUAAGAGAAAAUGAUAACAUAAUUAAAAAAAUCUUUAGCCUUUUUGAUAAAAAAUUAAGAAAUCAUACAAAAAUUAGAGUUUAAAACUAUUGUUUAAUCUUAAUUUCUAAAUCUAAAUAAUUCUUAGAGUAUGCUAAAUUCAUCAUAGCUUUAAUAAGACAGUUUAAUGCUUUUAGAUAAAAAGAUCCUUGAAGAAAUAGGACUUAAAAAUACUCUAGGCUACAAUAGUUAUAAUAUUGGUUUAUCUGUUUGCCAAUAUCUUAAAAAUUUAUAAAUUUUAUCUCUCGAAUUCAGACCGGAAUUUAAUUUUAAUAUAGUGAAUCAAGAUUCUAAUUUCUUGAGGUUAUCUGAAUAGAUAAUAAGUUUAGAGUUAAAUUUUUAAUCAAAUAAUGAGAACAUAAUCAAUCUUAUAUCGUAAUUAUAGCAGUAUAAGAAUCUUAAUACUCUGCACAUUACUAUAUCCGAUUAAUAUAUUCACAUAAAAAAGUUAAAAUAACUUAUCAAGAAAAAUUAAAGGCUAGUCCUAAUUUAAUUUAAAUUCGAUUGGUUUGCAAAUAGAACUGCAAAAAUAGAUAAUACAAUGGGUUUUUUCUUUUGA